AGAUGUGUCCGGGGCCUGCACACCCAUAGGCAGAGGUGCUGCCUGGAGGUGAGUGGAGGGUGAGAGGGGAAGCCCUGGGCUCUAGUUGAGAAGUGGGAAAGGAAGGGGCUUGGGGACAGCGAGCACAGACAGCUUCAGAAGUUCACGUGUCAGGGGACUGAGGGAUGGGGUAAUUCCUAGGAUUUUAAACAAGGAGAGAACUGAUUGUGGAGCUGAGUUAGUAGCCUGGGCUGGGAGGAGCUGGGUGUGGGGGGGCUUCGGGUGGGCAGCGUGGAGGUUUCAGAAGGCUGCUGUGUGACAAAGUCCCAAGGACUCACUCUGCACCCGUGAGUUGGGCAGCAAAGUCGGGGCCUGGGGCCGUAGUGCUGGGUGUGGGCACAGUGCCAGGGGCUCCUCCCAGCCUUCAGGAGGAAUCCGUGCUAGCUUCAGGACCCCACUUUGCCUGGCAGUAAGUGCAGGAAGCAGUGGCCCAGGGCGCCUGAGCCCAUGCUGGCUGCUGCUGCUUGCCCAGCCCGCAGCCCUACCUCUUUGAGCCCUUGCGAUAAUCAGGGCUUCACUUCCUUUGGCGUUUUUUUCUGAACAGCCUAUUUUGACUCAACUUCUGGGUUGACAUGAAAGACCUGUUUGCACCGUGGUGGUUACACAGCUUGGGGGGACCCUGCCUGGUGUUGGUGGGCAGGUUGGGCGUCACCAGUGUCCCGAGCCCUGCACCUGUUUGCCUGUUAGUGUCAUCCCGCAGCUUUCCAUGUCCCUUCGGUCCUGGCAGUGGUGCCCCCAUGUUGGGAGCGUGGGCUGUCGCAUUCCCUGGGUAGGACAGCUUUGGGGAGCCGUGCAGGUCCUGAGGACAGCCGUGACAUGGCACUCGGAGGGCAGGGGUUGGUGUAGCCCCAGAUCGGGAUUGAUUUUCUCCCCCAUUGUCUGCUGGGGUGGGCGGCCCCUUCCCUCUUUCUCAUGGCUGCAGUCCUUGGAAUAGGAAGUUGAAGCCAAGUGUUCCAGGACACUGUGCUAUGUGGCUUGGCCACCAUUCCCCUCCUCUGCCCCAGAGCCCUCUAUAGGAAGUGUGUCCGGGUCCAAAGUGACAAAAAUGGACACAGAUCCCAGCUGUGUUUGAGGCUGAGCAGCUUGGGAAGAACCGUCGCCAUGAGGCAAGGGUCAGGAGAUGCCUGAGGGGUGCAGGGACAUCCUAGGCCUAGCAGGUGACAGACAACUCCUGUAAGGCAACCGCCUGUUCCCAGGACCCGGGGCAGCACCGCACUGGACUACUGGGGCAGCCCUGGUUGGAGGAGCAAAUGAAGGUCUCCAAAAACACAUCCAAAAGCUGAGCGGCAGCACUUGUCUUUUUUGGGGCUAGGCCUGACUCUACAUGCACUAGCAGCGUGACCCCAUUCUUUCAUGCCAGAUAUCUAAAGGAGUUUCCGGUGUGUCAUCCCCAUUCUCAGGUGGGCAAGGGGGCACCCGACUGCAGAGCUAGUGAGCUCCAGAGCUUGUGUUUGUCCUGGCUGCUCUACUCUGGGGCCCUCCCUUACAGGCUGCCUGGCUGGGUGGAAGAGGUGGGAAGGGUUGGUUGAACGCGGGGUCGCAGGGGUGAGGCACCAUGCUGGUUGGGAAGAGCACUCCAGGCAGGGGGAAACUACCCCACUCCGUUCCAAUGGCACAGGCUUGGUGUGGUGGUGGGGAUCUCCGGUCACCCUCCUGGGGAAGGGGUGCAGUCUUCUGCACCACUUGCCUGACUUCGCUGCUCCUAAGAGCAGCUCUGUUCCCACGAAGUUCCACCCCUGUCCCCGCUCCCCCAGCCUGCCAGCGCCCAUUCCACUUCUGAGUCUUGAGUCUGCGGGGUUUCAAACAGAAGGUGUGCUGCCAUUCUAAGCUAGACCCCUGGCAAGAAGACUCGGGGGUAGGGCUGUAGCGGGGCAGGUGGGGGGCGGGGUCUGGAGGCAGUUGAAGCGGAGGGCAAGGCGUGCUCUGGUGUGGGUGGACAGUGGGCUGCCAGGGCUGUGCCUGAGUUACUGGUGGGCGGGGGUGACUUCCACUGAGGUGGGAUCCUCGGGGAGGUGACCUGGCGUGCAGCCCUCACCUUCGCGGCUUGUUCUGCUGUCCGUGAUCCGGGGGACCCUGUGCAGCGGCCGGCGCGUCGCGGCUCCUGGGAGUGGGGCGAGGGCCCCCUGGCGGCCGUGCCUGGGAGCCGCGGAGGCGUCCCUUGCAGACCCCCCUCCCCCCCCACCGAGUGCGCCAAGUGCCAGGGUUCGAGGCCUGGCGCUGAGUCGUCCCUUUCGAAGCCUCGGGCUCUUUAUCGGGUUGACGCGCCCCGUAGGCUCCAGGGCGCAGCGUUCGGGCGCUGAUUCGUGCAGAGGAUCUUGGUGGUCCAGACCGGAGAAGCCGGCUUGGGGAGGCGGGUGGAGGGGGGAGACAGUAUCUACCGCGGUGCGCUGGGCGCGGUGAAUCCGGCCCGAGUCUCCCCAUCGCCGGGCGGGCUUGCGGCCCAGGCGCCGGGUCCAAGUGGACCCGCAGGUCCGGUAAGAGCUGCGGUGCCUGGAUGCGGUUUGCUGCUGGGGGCGGGCCCUUGCCGGGGCCAAUCAGGACGGGCGUGCGCGCUGACACGCCGCGGCGGAGCAGCUGAGGCGCGCGUCCGCCCCUGACCCAGUUCGGGAUUGGGGGACCGGCCCAGAGCCGGGAGUCCUGGGACGCGGGGCCCGGCGGGCGCAGGGGAGCCGGGGGCCUGGCAUCCUCGCUUGCUGCGGACGCCACUGCGCCCCGGUGCGCCCGUCUGCCUCUGUGUCCUCCUUCCGGCCCUCCGCGCCCCUCCCUCCUUCCCAUCACGGGCCUCUGCCGCUCUUGCGCCCCAAGCCUCCUUUCCCCGCCCCGCCCUCGUUGGCGUUUGGGAGUUGGGUGUGGGGCUGCCCGCUGGCCCCCUUACACUGCUUCUCCUGGCCUCGCACCAGCUCGGAGCGUGACCGGUGUCGGGGUGCGAGAAGUGCAGCAGGGGGUGUGGCACCAGGAAGGUAGGCCGAGGGCGGCCUCCUCCCUUGGCCUCCUGUCGUCCCCAGGCAGCGCCAGGGUGGGCGGCAGCCUCGUGCCCAGGGCGAUUGCCUUCUCCGGGUUUUGCCUGCCUCCCACUCCCCCACCGUGAAGAGCUUGGUGUGGUCCUUUACUUUGUCCUACGUUUAUGUCUUGAUUUGUUUCAUCACCUGGAAUUGUAGUGGUGAUACUGCUCUGCUGGUAACUACUUUUUAGUUAAGCAGCCUGAAACGGAAAGCUGCCUGGGCGGGGACACGGGGAAAUGUCUCUACUUGAACAAGGUCCCCAGUGUUCUGUAGGAUGGAUGUUUCAUAACGUUAACCAGAUCCCACCGUGGACCAGUUGGGCUCCUACCCACCCCACCCCACCAGCCGCCCACGCUGCCCCCAGGAGGAGGGACCAUGGAGUGACAGGCAGGGAGCCCUAGGGCCCCAGAUGGUCCAGCCGGUCUAGAAGGCAGGAGGGGACCCGGUGUGGGCACUUCUUUAGGCUCUUUGGGUUCUGGGUUUCUGGGGAUCACAGGAGGGCCUCCCGCAUUCGUUUUCUGGUGUUCCUGUAACAAAUUACCGCAAAUUAGGGGUUCAAAAGAACACAUUUAUAGCUUUGGAGGUGGGAGUCAGAAAUAGGUUUCAGGGUGCUGAAAUCAAAGGGGUGGCAGAGCCUUGUUCCUCUGGAGGUUCUUGGGGGGGGGGGGGGAAUCUUCUGUUCCCAGUUCCCAGAUGCUGCCCACACUGGUUGUCUCAAGGUCUCCUGUUUUUAAAGCUCAUGCUGGCCAGUCGUGCAGUUUGUGUUGCCUUGUUAAGGCUCUGAUUCUUUCUUUCUCUUCUAUCUUUUAAGGACCCUUGUGAUUACAGUGGGCUGAGCUGGAUGAUCCUGGAUAAUCGGCCUCUGUUCAGUACGACACCGUUCCUAUUCAGUCCAGCGUGGUGUUAUGUGCUUGCCCGUCCCCAUCAAUGGUGAGGACCCAGACUGAGUCCAGCACGGCCCCUGGCAUUCCAAGCGGCGGCAGCAGACAGGGCCCUACCAUGGACAGCACCGCAGCUGCGCCCCGCCCGAGUGCGAGCUCCCUGCAGCACACCGCCCAGCCACCGCCACAGCCUCGGAAGAAACGGCCUGAAGACUUCAAAUUUGGGAAAAUUCUUGGUGAAGGCUCUUUUUCCACAGUUGUCCUGGCCCGAGAACUGGCAACCUCAAGGGAAUAUGCUAUUAAAAUUCUAGAGAAACGUCACAUUAUCAAAGAGAACAAGGUCCCGUAUGUAACCAGAGAGAGAGACGUGAUGUCACGCCUGGAUCACCCGUUCUUUGUUAAACUUUACUUCACAUUUCAGGAUGAUGAAAAGCUAUACUUUGGUCUUAGUUAUGCCAAAAAUGGAGAACUACUUAAAUACAUUCGCAAAAUUGGCUCAUUCGAUGAGACAUGCACCCGGUUUUACACGGCCGAGAUGGUGUCAGCUCUGGAGUACUUGCAUGGCAAGGGCAUCAUUCACAGGGACCUGAAGCCAGAAAACAUUUUGUUGAAUGAGGAUAUGCACAUCCAGAUCACGGAUUUUGGAACAGCAAAAGUGCUAUCCCCAGAGAGUAAACAAGCCAGGGCCAACUCGUUUGUAGGAACAGCCCAGUACGUGUCUCCAGAGCUGCUCACCGAGAAGUCGGCCUGUAAAAGUUCAGACCUUUGGGCUCUCGGAUGUAUAAUAUACCAGCUUGUGGCCGGACUGCCGCCUUUUCGAGCAGGAAAUGAGUAUCUUAUAUUUCAGAAGAUCAUUAAGUUGGAAUAUGACUUCCCUGAAAAAUUCUUCCCUAAGGCAAGAGACCUUGUGGAAAAACUUUUGGUUUUAGAUGCCACCAAGCGAUUAGGCUGUGAGGAAAUGGGAGGCUAUGGCCCCCUGCGAGCUCAUCCGUUCUUCGAGUCCAUCACGUGGGAGAACUUGCAGCAUCAGACGCCUCCGAAGCUCACCGCCUACCUGCCGGCCAUGUCAGAGGACGACGAGGACUGCUAUGGAAACUACGACAACCUCCUGAGCCAGUUUGGCUGCAUGCAGGUGUCCUCGUCGUCAUCCUCCCACUCCCUGUCCACCGCGGAUGCAGGCCUGCCACACACGGCGGGCAGCAACAUCGAGCAGUAUAUCCAUGACCUGGACACUAAUUCUUUUGAACUGGACUUAGAGUUCUCCGAAGAUGAGAAGAGGUUACUACUGGAGAAGCAGGCCAGUGGAAACCCUUGGCAUCAGUUUGUAGAAAAUAACUUAAUACUAAAGAUGGGUCCCGUAGAUAAGCGAAAGGGCUUGUUUGCACGACGACGACAGUUACUGCUUACAGAAGGGCCCCAUUUGUAUUAUGUGGAUCCUGUCAACAAAGUCCUGAAAGGGGAAAUUCCGUGGUCACAAGAGCUCCGACCAGAGGCCAAGAAUUUUAAAACCUUCUUUGUGCACACGCCGAACAGGACGUAUUACCUGAUGGACCCGAGUGGGAAUGCUCACAAAUGGUGCAAAAAGAUUCAGGAGGUGUGGAGACACAGAUACCAGAGCCACCCGGAUGCCGCCGUGCAGUGACAGGCCGCAGCUGCUGCUCUUGCUGCCAGGACACGUGCCCCAGCGCGGCUCGCCACCCUCUGGGACACUUCCAGACCACCUGCCAGCCAUCUCAAGGGGGACGCAGACGGCGGAACCUUGCAGCUUUUUUAUUUAAAAGAAAAGAAGAAAAAAUACCCAACCACACAAAGAACAAAACCAAUAACGAAAAGGAAUUCAGGGUCGCUUUGCUUGCUCUCUGUGCUCUGUGGUGGCUCCCCAGGCUCUCCCUGCCGGGGGGACCCAGCGCUGUGCACGUCCACCUGACUCCCACCCGGGCGAGUGGAACAGACUCAAGUCACCAGCUCUGCGCCACACGCCCUGGUCACCCACCGGCCAGUCCUCCUGUGGCCGAGGGGAUGGGAUGUGUGUCUGGGCUCUUCCUGCCCCUCAGUUAUCACAGAACCCAUCGGCAGGGAGCCGCGUGCGCCUCUGCCAGGGCAGCUUCGAUCUCUGCAGGGUGGGGGGGUUCUUGGCUUUGGUCCGUGUGCUCUUUUUCUUGUGUCCCUACUUGAUGCCCCUGUGCCCCACCAGGGCCCCUGCUAGCCUUCUUGCAUCACUCUGGCUGCGAGUGCUCCAUGCCUUGUGCUCGUUGGGCAGGCUCCAGGUGGGAGACAUGGAGCAGGCUGUCGGGGUGCACGAUGGGGCUGCUGCUGAGGUCGGAGGGUGCCGGCAGGCUAUUCGAUUGAACGUCCCUCUGCGCGGGGUUGGCCCUGUGGAGCUAGAAGGAGGCACGGGUCUGGAAAGAGCAUAGUCAGAGGUGGGCACCUACUCGUGUCAGGAGAUAGGGAGGGCUGUGCCCCGCUCCGUGAAGGCCCGCGCAGCAGGGCAGACUGGGCCCAGUGUCCCCCACGUGGAGGAGUGCUGCCUGAUGAACUCCCCCUGAGAGUUUGGUCAGAGGGUGGAACGUGUAGGCCCUUGGAGCGGUUUGCUAGGGCUGAGGGGCUCUGGGCAUCAGUGGUCGCCCAGCUGUGACACACACCCCUUUCAUGGUGAGGGAACGUUUUCAUAGCCUGACUCCCAGCACGUUCACAUAUCCACAGUGAAAGUCUGAAAGCCUUCUCCUGCUGCCAGGUCAUUUAUCCCCAGCAAGACGUGGGCCUUGCCGGGAUGAAAGCGUUGGUCUCCCUGCACAAUGAUAGGAACACCACACUGGGGUCCGAGCGCCCAGCCUGCUCACCCCUGUGCUUUUAGCUGGCCUGCCUUUCCCUCUUCAGAGGCAGUUCAUGCGGUAUGUGCACAUACCACAGGGGGUCCACGAUUUACCGGUCCUUUGAUUUCUUUGCUGCUGCCUCCUCGACAGAGAAAGCCGGUGGGCCUAGUGGGGCUCAGAGUUCCUCUCCCUGCCCAGGUUGUCCCGUGAGGGCGGUCCACAGCCUGCAGGCCACUCACAGACAUGUCUGUCUGUCUCCAGGGGAUGAACAACUUCGUAGUUUCCUUUAACUUUCAUGAAGGCACCAGCACAAGGUUCAUACACAAAAGAUUCCCCCUGACAACUCUGCCCCCAUCUCCUGUCUCAAAGCAUCCAACACCCCGUGUUGAAGAGUGGUCCAGAUUUAGACAAAAGAUGUCUUUCUCAAACAGGUUUAGUGAGAAGAGUGACCCUUGUCAGCCUGGGAGGGAAGCAUGGCUGCGGAGGUGUCCCUGCUGGGCCGUGUGGGGGCUGGAUGGGAGCAGAGGUGGGCCAGGGUGCCAGCAGCCUCCAUCUGGGGCCUGAGUCUUGUGCAUUGCUGUGUGAGAGCUGUGCACGAGCAAGGGUGUGUGUGCAUGUGUGCCCGCACCAGGGCGGAUGCCAGGCUGUUGAGGGCAUGCCUGCCCUGGGCCAGGGUCGUAAGUCAAGCUCCCCUCUUCCUCCUCUUUGCUUUUGUGUUCACCUGCUUUUCAAAAAAGUAAGUCUUGCCGGGCCUUCAGGAACAUAAUUUCCAGCUUUCUCCCCAUGUUGAUCAUUUGCCUUUCUCGGAGCCCCCACGUGUGUGGGUGGGCUGUUCAGAGAGUUGGGGGGCUGCUGCUGCACCGUAUGCUUCCGUGGGUCUGGCUACAGAGACAAGUGGAGCUGGCAUUUGGCUUGAAUAAGAGCAUUCAGCCAGGCUGCUCUGGGGAGGGGGGGACGGGUGUCCGCUGCCGCCUUCCCCCUGGGUGGUGCCACUACCUCCUGGGCUUCACCCACCAGCUCCAUCGUAACCUCUGAAACUAGAGAAUGAGGGGUUCGGGGUUUAGCUUGCAGCUGACAGAGUUGAAGUGACUGCCCUUACCUGAGCCAGUGACAGCUGAGCCCUUCUCCCUAUGCCACCUUUCUCCUCUCACUCAGAGUCUUGGGCCCCUCCCCCCUUUUUAAAGGCACAUACAUGUUCUUUCCCUGCCCUGUGCUUGUCCGUGUCAGCUUUUGUCGUUUGCAGCUUGUCCUCAGAGCUCCCGCCCCGGCGUGCAGGUGCCUUGCCUUCUAAGACAUGGGCAUGGCUGUCGGUCGAGUGUGUACACAGUUGUACGUGAAAGUACAGAUGAUUUAGCCACGCCGAGAAAGUGCCCUGCUGUUGACUAGAUCCAGGAGCCGUGUGUCAGUGAGGGCAAGGAGAAGGUUCAGUGCUAAACCACAUAGCCGGCAAGCAGGGCCAGCCCCACGCCAUGUGGCCUCGCCAGGCAUAGGGCAGGGGGCUGGCCUGUGGCCUCCAUGGGCUCAGGGGGCCCACUGCGCGUCGCCCCUCUCUGGGAACUCCAGGAAGCCAGGUUUGGGAGGGACUGUUUCCUUCCCUCUUUCUGAGGACCUGAGCAGGAGUAUGGCCACUGGGUUGUGGUAUCAGGUGGCCCCAGGGGCCGCACAAGGCCCCACCUGGGGCACAUGGCCCUGUGCUGUCCUGCUGCUCUGAUCUUGGCUCUCAGGAGAGCGUGUUACACACCCGCUUUGCGGGAGACGCCUCAUGCUUGCGCCAGGGCUGGCAGGACCCGCGCCUUCUCCAGGCCCUGCAGCCGUCUAUAGUAUUUGUGACCAAGGCCUGUGGGCAUCGCAGGAGGCAGCCCCGUGGCACAGACUCACCAGGGCCAUGUGCCUGCCCAGGGGCUCCAGGUGGUUCUGUACUUUCUUCAAACAUUUGUUUUCCGAGAGCACGGCCUGUAGGCUUACCACCGAGGAGAGACCACCCCCCCCCCCCAUACACACACAUGUGUUUGCUUUUUCAACUGAACUGGGAACAUGAAGCACAUGCUGCUCUGCAUCUAGCUUGUUUCACUCGAUCGUUUAUCUUGGGCAUUUCUCCACAUCACAAACAAUGAUUAAAAACAUUGUUUUUAGUGAUUGUAGAGCUUAAUGGUUAUAAAUUUUACCAUCACUUCUCUGACCAUUUUCCUGUUACAAAACAUUUGGAUGGUCUCUGGGUUUUCACUAUUUACAUAAUGCUGUGGCGAAUAUCCUCAUAAAUCUUUGAUUUUGACUCUGAUGCCCCCCCACCAGCCCACCCCCCGUUUCUAGAGGGAGUGUUUUUGGGUCACAAAGUGUUUGUUUUCAAGGUGGUGUUAGUCUCUCUUGCUGCGUCUUGACCUGAGGCCUGGAAGCUCAGAGUUCUAGUACACAACCUCCUCAUUCGGAACAAAUCCGUCUCUGGUAAAGUGUGUGUUCCCAAGGAUGUCCUAGUAAGACUGCUCUUUUUUUUCUCCCCCCACAAUGCUAAAAUGAUAUAAUUUCUUGCAGUCCGUUUGUGACAGAUUCUUCCGAAAGUCGUUUCCUUAUUUUCAUUGACAAUCUGGUUAUGCUUGCAUGUUAGCACCUUCCCAUCCCUGCUGCCGUGGCUUUCAGGCGCUUGCUGGGAUUUUCCGAAGCUUGUGCUUCGUGUGCACAAUGGUACUGAAUCUGCAUCUGCACAGGCAGCAGAGAUACACAAAUGCUGAACUGACCUUGCCACACACUUAGUGGGUGAUUUGUCAUUAAGUUUGCAUACUCGAAAAAUACACUGGGCCAUUGGAAUCCUUAGAAGAGCAAACCCUCUGCUUGAGGAAGAGACCACAGAGGCAGCUGAGUUUCCCGGAAGGAAGGCUGUUGGCCCCGUGCUGCUCAAGGGGAGGCGCUCAGUACGGAGGUCUCAGCAGUUCAUUCCAGCGCAGCGGUCAGGCCUCCUCCAGUAGAGGGUGGUGGCCCUGACCCUCGUGGCUUUCGGGACUCCUUCCCUGUCUUCCCUCGCGGUGUUGCAGGUUGGCUGGCUGGCUUCAAACCCAGGCCACCCAGUUUGGUUUCAUUCCUAAUUUCUCCUCUGUAGUUUGGGGUCCACUAAUUGCGAGGGGAGAGGUGCAUGAGAGAUUUCUUCAGGUGCCGUACGCAGCAUCUCAAGUCUGCUAGAGAUUUUGGCUGGAUUGUGCAGAAUUGGACUUCUGCCCUCCCCUGACACCUCGGGUCCCCCGCCCCCCUGUCCGAUGCACAGACUGAGGGAGCUCACUCCCCAGAUGCAGAGGCUGCAGCCACUUCCCAGAAUACGAUGAAGGUACUGUUCUUAGAGAUGUCGCCAUGUAUGUCUUUCCACAUCCUUUCUUUUCAUCCAAAGCUCACGUGAGCUGACGGUGACUCAGGUGGGUGUGGCCCUUCCCUCUUAGGCAGCCUAUAUGGCAAGUGCCUUAAAUCAGGGCAGGAGUCCCUUCCAGAGCGUCUGAGGGGUGCAGGCUGCUGGCCCGGGUUGCGGAGUUGCAAAUCAGACUGCCUGUGGAAAACUGGUUUGGGGAAGGAGCUGUUGCAGCGAAGAGCCAUUUUCUCUGUGGCUCAAGACAGCUGUGACAGGCAGCUGAACCGGCCUGCAUAUGUACCUGUUUUCCCCAGAACCCACUUCUUCAGUAUGAAGAAGCACCAACCUUCCCGUGCAGAGAACUUUUUACAAAGGCAGACCUUUUCUUAGUGUGUGAUGCACCCUAGUCCCAACCCGUCUGGCAGAAUGACUUAGGGAUAGGGGUCAUUUUGCUGGUGAAAAGCCUUUAUCCUUAUCAGAAGUUUGAUUGGACGUUGACAAAAAAUAAAUUUUUGCAGUAUUUAGAGCUGCUGUAGCUGUUCCUUUACACAAAAUAGGAUGAAUCAAUAGUAUGAUAGCUGUCUUUCAGGUUGGUGGCAGUCAGUUAGAACAUGUGUAAAAUUCUCUACCUGGUCUGUAGCUGUAACUGUGAUGUACAGGCAAAGCAAAAAUUUAAAACAUGAAAACAAAUAAUGCAAUGAUAUUAGGAUAUACACUUUUGUAUUUUUAUUCUUAUAUAAGGUUAUUUGCUGGCUAUUGUUGGCCUCUAGUUCAGUCUGUGUUAUUUAAAAUCUAAUAUAUGAAUUAUUUGGAUUGAAUUCAUGUUCGGGGCCACGUUGUUGUAUGUAUUGAUGUACAGCCUUGAAUGUGAAUAAUUAUUGUAAACUAUAUUUUACAACUUUUUUUCUGGCUUUAUUAUAUAAAUUUUCUAUUUGGUCAAUGAUUUAAUCAUAUAAUUUAAUGAAUCUGUUUCUUCUCUUUUUUUCAAAUAUUUGUGCUUUAGAUGUAGUUACUGGAUGAUGAAUUUUCCACGUAUGCUCGGUAGUCUUGUAAUAAAAAAGCAUGUAGAGUGUA